UGAUUGCUAGUUUCUAUAUUAUAACGGCAAGUGAUUCACAAAAGCUGCUCCAAAGCAUUUUCUGGGCUGCACAAGGGUCCUAUCUAUUUGCUUUUUCUUCAGAUAUUAUACACCUUUUCUAUAAGCGUUUUAACUGUCAGCCAGCUUAUGAAUCAUCUUCAUAACUCCCCGCAUUAGAUUGGUGUACGAUCGAUCUAGCUGAUAUUUGCAAAGGUUUGCAGCUUGGGAGUGAGAAAAAGCAGAAAUGUUUUGGGCCUCCGACCUAAAGGUAUUCAUCGAAAAAUUUUUUAUUGGCAGUUCUUCUAUCUUGCGGGAUAUUUUUACCUAAUUUGAAGAAAAUUUUGAAUUUAAUAGCAAUAUUUUAAGCAGGGAAUUGAACGAAAAAUAAAUGAAAAAUCAAAAAUGCUCUUAAAUUUAUCAGUAAAAACAAUUUGACAGCUGGCAAUUAUAUUUUCAAAUGUCUAGCUUUUUUCUCAAUUAUUAGACAAUUGUGAUGCAAAGUAUUCUUGAAAUAAACCGCUUAAUUGGACUUGCUGUUUUCAAUUGAUUUUCUUUUUCUAUUUUGUUUUCAAUUAUCUUUGUUUUGGAUGGGGUAUUCUUAGAUUUUUAAAAGUUUUGGGUCAGGCGGCAAUUUUCUAUAGCGCGAAAUUGCAAUAUAGUUUAAGAAAAAGCAAAAUGAAAAAGCUUAUUUUUAAGAAAAUUUUCAAUGAUUAAACACACAGCUCUUAAACCUGAGCUACUUUGCUUUGGCAUACAUCGUGAAAGAAAAGGGUUUGGAGGAAAAUUGUGUAUAAGAGAAAUAGUAUGGAGAAAGAAUAAGGAGAGAAAAGAGGAUUUCUAUAACUAUGUAAAAAUGUUGAAUUUUUGGAAAAAAAAUUUUCAUUUCGCGUUUCUUUUAAGUUUUCAGUAGAAAGACGUGGCAAAACUUUUUUAAACAAAGUUUUUAUUUAUAAAUUUUCAGAUUUAGCCAUAAUUAUAUUCAAAAUUUUCUUUUAAUUCUACUUAUUAAUGGAUGCUUCUAAACAGAAUUGUUCUCAUAAAAAUCAUCAUAAUAUUGCAAAUAAACAGCAAAAAGAUCCAGAACUCGAAGCGGAAAUUCGUUUUGCAAAGGCGAGUGGAGCAAAUCCUCCCCGAAUUUUACCUUCAGAUGCUGUAAAGAAUAUUACUGAAGUUUUUGAGAAUCAUUGUGUUAGUAGCAAGAAUCUUAUCAAAAAUUUGAAGAAUGGUCGUGCUGAGCGUAAAGCAAGAUCGAGAGGAGUUAGUGGCUGUGCUAUCAAAAAUGACGGAAACCGUUUUGAAUAUGGAUUGGACUGUAUUGAUUUAGCUUAUGAGAAUGAUAACCAGGACAAAACAUUCAGCUCGGAUUCAGAAGAAGAGUAUGAUGAGUACGCGGAUUUUGUGCGAAAAUAUAGCGAUGAAGAGAUUCGUCAAAUAAUGAGAGAUUAUCUAGAGAAUGGAAAUUUGGCUGAAGCUUUAGAUUCUUUGGAAAAAUUUGCUCUUACUAAAGAUAUGGUCCAUAAAAUGGUUAAGGAUAUUUUGAUGGUUACUAUUGAAAAUUCUGUUGGAAGUUAUGACAUGACUGCAAACAUGCUUGCUGAAAUGGUCAACAAAAAAUGGGUUUCAUUUUCUGCAAUUGCUGAUAUUCUUGAAGAUAUUGUUGGUUCUGUUGGUGAUAUUUCUAAGGAUGUUCCCAAGGCAGCUGAGUCUCUAGCAAUUCUCAUGGCAAAAUUGGUUGAACAUAAUCUUUGUACACUGAACAUUCUCAACAUGCUUGCGUCUAAACAUUCGAGCGAUGCACAGCUUGUGAAGAGUUGUUAUGAAGAUGCAGUUACUUUUGCGAAUAACCAUCAUCUGCUUAUGGGAAAAUGUGCUCCAUGUGGCGGACAAAAUUCUACAGAAGUCCUUUCGGAACAGUUUAAGCAUAUUCUUAAAGAAUAUUUGAAUAGUAAUGAUAAAGAAGCGGCAACGCAGCGACUUUCUGAUUUACGGGUUCCUCAUUUCCAUCAUGAAUUUGUGUAUAAGGCCGGUAUUUUUGCUCUAGAAGAAAUGCAUGACCACGUGAUGGACAAACUUGCCAUUCUUUUGAAGGACUUAUCGGAUAAGGGCACUUUGGCUGAGUCUUGCAUUGAAAAAGGAUUUAAGCGUCUCUUUAAUGAUCUCGCUGAUCUCUAUUUGGACUUACCAGCUGCUUAUGUUCUUGCACAGCGUUGGGUUAGUAAAACGUCUAAAAUCGGCGUGAUUAGUCAACAGAUUGUAGUUGAAUGUCCUCGAGAAACAAUUCGCAGCCGCAGUCGAACUUUGUCAGAAGGACCUGACGGGAAAUUGAUUGUGGAUAAUGAAAAAUCAGAUGAUGAUUUUAAUAAAGAUGACAAAACUAGCGGUUAUUCUUCUGAAAUUGGUGGUGCUGAAAGCGUACAAGGCGAUCUAAGUGCUUGUAAUUAG